AUGCGUCCGAAAGUAAAUACAUGGAUAAACUGGUCCGCAAAAGAAUUAGAUGAUUUAGUAAAUCAAAAAAAUUCAUGUGUUUUCAAAGAAACAAUUAAAAAACACAUUCCAAUGUCCUCAAUUCAUUUGAGUGAUGUUAGAAAAUCUUUUAAAGAUAUUUUAAAUUCAUCGUUAAAUAUUUUCGAUUCAAGCUUCGAUGGGCUUUUAAUUUCUUAUCAAAACCCAAUAAUGUUGUGCCCGCUGACUCAGAUGUAUUACGAUAUUCAAUUCGUCCACGUCGACCUUCAAGCUGAUUUUUACAUAUUUCGACCAACAGUUGCUAGUAUUCUCACUGGUAUUGUUAAUAAGAAAGAAACAAAUUAUAUUGGUGUGUUGAUGCACAAAACUUUCAACGUUUCCAUCACGAAACCAUCAAAUGACGAGUGUUGGCUUGGACAUAAUGUUGUAGUUGGUGACAAGGCAACAUUCCGUGUCACCCAGGUCGAUUUAACACCCAAAGUUCCAUUUAUUCGAGGCGAGCUGCUGUCAAGUGAAACUACCGAAAAUUAUGAAAAAAUGGAUUUUGCCGAGGAGGAAAUCAAUGAAGAAGGAGGAAAUGAACGUGAUAGCGGAUACCAAGAAUCUGAGAAUGAAACUAAAUCUAAAAUCAUCAAUGGUUUCCUUGCUGGGGGAGGUAGUGAUGAGGAACAUACGCGUAAAGCCAAGAAAAAAAAGAUUAAAAGUCCUAAUAAAAUUUUACAAGUAAAAGACGAAGACUUACCUUAUGCGUCAUCAAUUAAAGUGGCUAAAAAAAGGAAACGCGAUCAUGAUAAUGAUGAUGAUGUGAGUCCUAAGAAAGAGACUCAGACGAAAAUUAAACGAUUAAAAGUCGAUGAUCAAGUUAAAGAGGAAGAAGAAUUAAGAAAUGUGCAAGAGUUGUUAGCAAGUCCUAGUCAUUCGGUAACUGGCAGUGAUAAGCCGAGGAUCAUUUAUGACGAAGUGUUGCCUAGUAGGAGCAAUAUUAAGCUGGAAAACAAUGUUGAAAAGAAAAUUAAGAAAAUGAAAGCGAGUCAUGAUAUUUCUGACAGUGACGAAGAUCAAUCAUCGCAAUCUAGUAAAAUAAUUAGUCAAGAAAAAGAGGAAAAGGAUGACGAAGAUGUUGAUGAUGAUGAUGUACCACGUGAUCACAGUCAAUAUUUUGGGCAAAAAGAAUCAAUUCCUAGCAGUGAUGACGAGCCAGAAACUCCUAUGAAAGAAUUUGUUGAUAAAUCUCCUCCGUCUCGUGAAACUGGUAGUCAAGAAGAGAAAGAUGAUGAUGAUGAUGAUGAUGAUGAUGAUGAUGAUGACAUGAUGCAUGAUCACAGCCAAUAUUUUGCACAUCAAGAAUCGCCAAUUCCUGCGAGUGAUAACGAACCAGAAAUUCCUGAGAUGAAAGAAUCUAUUGAUAAAUCUCCCAAAAAGAAACUCAAGGAUAAUUGUAAGAAAAAGAGUCAGAAAAAAGUGGCAGAAGGUGCUAUCCAGAGUAUGGAAAAUCAAUCACAGUCUAGUAGAGUUGGUAGUCAAGAGGGAGAGGAAGAUGAUUUUCCGCGUGACCACAGUCAGUUUGUUCGUGAAAAAUUACUCACUCCUAAUGAUGAUUCUGAGUCAAAAAUUCCUGAGGCAAAAGCCAAAAAACCGGUUGUUAAAAGACCUAGGAAAAAGGUCGAGAAAGAAUCCCAAGAGAAGGCAGAGGGUGAAAAUGCUGUUGAGAAAAAAGUUCAAAAAAGAACCACGAAAGUAAAAGAGCCUGUUGUUUUAACUCCCGAGGAAAUUGAGAAGUUAGAAAGUAAGUUAGAAAAGUUGAGGGAAUAUUAUGCGGAAUCUAUCGAUCAAGCAGUUAUGAAAUUGUGUUCUGAGAAUUAUAAAGAAGAAGAAUUGAAAGAACAUACCGAUUUUGAGUUAUUGGAAGACAAUUUUGAAGAGCUUCCAAAUUUUGAUACAGCUAAAAAAGAUAAAAUAUCCAAAUCUAAGGAGAUUAAAAAACCUAAGCCUUUAGGAAAUUCUACUAUAAUCGAAUCGCAAUUGGGCUCACCAGGAUUUUCUCGGGUUCAAGAGCCAUCCAUAAGCCCUGUUAUCCCUGAAUUAAAAAUUAAGAAAUCAAAGAUUAAGGAUGUUACUCAAUCACAUGAGCUACAAUCAUCUGAGGAAGCUGAUGCUGUAGUUAAAAAAGUUAAAAAGACUAAGAAACCUAAAGAGAAGACUUCUGAAGUUGAUACUGGAGUUAAUAUUUUGACAAGUGACCCCGCGAUGCCUUCAAGUGUCGUCAAAGUUAAUGAAGAACCAAAAAUUAAAAAAUCUAAGACUGUUGAAACAGUUCAAAAUACUGAACCAACUGCAAUUAAUAAUUCACUAGCUUCACCAGCAGAAAAUUCUAGAUCUCAAGAGUUAGAGAAUAAUAAUGAGGAACCUAAAAAAUUGAAGAAAUCUAAAAAAAAUGUUCAGGAGGAAAAAAGUUCAGAAAAAGCAGAGAAGAAUUGUAUGAUGACGGCAAUAGAUAAAGUUUUAACAAGUGCAUCAAAAAAUUCUAUGAUUCUUGGAGGUUUUUCAGACAGUGAUGAUGAUGAUUUACCAGAUCAACCGAUUGUGUUGUCAUCUGUAAAAGUUGAGAAAAGCAAUGAGCUUGUGAAUGGAGAGAUUAAGAAAUCGAACAAGUCUAAAAAGUCCAAGGAUAAAGAUUUAGGUUCUUCUAAUCAGACUGUUGAAGAGUCGAAUUUAGUAAAUGAUUCUGUGAUGAUAGACACUAGCAAAAUAAAAGAGGAAAAGGAAAAGAAAAAGAAGAAGAAGAAGAAGAAGAAAACGUCUGAAUCUAACUGUGUGAUUGAGUCGGAAUCAACUCUUUUAAAUAAUACUGAGGUAGACACGAGUAUAGUUAAGGAGGAAAAGAAGAAGAAGAAAAAGAAGUCAAUCGACGGUAUUGCAAAUCCUCUCCUCAGUAAUUCGACGAUUAAUGACUCUCAGUUGGAUUCAUUUGCUGAAUUAGAUGACAGUACUUUAAAUUCAAGUGAAUUGCAAAUGAGUGUCAUUAAAAUUAAAGACGAGCACAAAGGAAAAAAAUCUAAAGUUGCUGAUCCUUCAGGUAACUCAACGAUUAAUGAAUCGGAAGAUUCUUCGAGGUUACAGCCGGUAGGAAACUCUGGUAAAGUAAGAACUAAAAAAUCUAAAACUAAAGAGUUUAUUGAACCCCAAGUACCUCAAAAAGAAAGUAAGGGUAAAAAGAGUAAAAGUAAAAAAUCAAACUUUGAUGCGAACUUGAAAAUUAAAGAAGAACCAGCUUCCGACGCUGAGGGUUCUAAUAAAAAAUCUAAAUCGAAACAUAAAGACACGGACAAAUCUAAUGUUAGUAAAAAAAUAAAGCAAGAAGUUAUUAUUAAACAAGAAGAUAAAAAAUCUGGCAAGAGAAAAAAUAGAGAUGAUACUAUUAAUUUGAGUGAUGUUAAAUUCGAAGCAGCUUCGGAUGCUGAGGGCCCUGCUGCUAAGAAAAAAAUACACAAAUUGGUAUUUACUGAAUAA